AUGAAUUUCAAUUACUUCACUGCGGUCGCUUCUGCCUUUCUUUUGAGUAUUGUCCCUGGUGCCUCGGCUGCACUCUACAACCAAGUCAUCCACACAAGCCAUGGCCCAGUCCAAGGCUAUCCUGCGUUCAACAGCACCCCUGCUGGUGACCUGUCCCAUUGGAAAGACAUCACAGUGUGGAAGGGCAUUCCCUUUGCAGCCACAACUAGCGGCGAGAACCGUUUCAGGGCUCCCCAGCCAGCCAGUCCAUGGACCAAGACCCUGAACGCCAAAUCCUUUGGUCACGUCUGUCCGUCGGCCACUUCAGGGAACAAUGCCUACACCAUCGACGAGGACUGCUUAAACCUCAAUAUAUGGAGUGCAGCAAACUCCACAAACGCAAAGCUGCGAGUCGUCAUGUGGAGCUACCCGGCCGGAUCGACGGGUGCGGACGCUCUCUUUGACGGCGCUGGAAUGGCCGACCAGGGCGUCGUCUAUGUGAACUAUAACUAUCGAACGGGGUCUUUUGGAUGGCUCGCCAGCCCUGAGCUGUCGAAGGAAUUUGCUCAAGAGUCUGGCUCGAAGGCCUCUGGGAACUGGGGUCUACUUGAUCAGAUCGCCGCGCUGAAAUGGAUUCAUACCAACAUUGCUGCGUUUGGCGGCGACCCUGAUCACAUCACUGUGAUGGGUCAGUCUGCCGGGUCGGCCGCCUCUCAGCAUCUCCUUCAUAGUCCCCUGACAAAGGGUCUUAUCAAGGGAGCCAUUAUUCAAAGCGGCGUCCGAUACCCUCAAGAUCCAUUGUGCUCCAGCUUGGCCGAGAACUACCUAACCCUGGACGCGGCGGAAAAGCAAGGUACGAAGUACAUGGCCAGCCUAAAUGUCAGCACGCUCGCGCAAAUGCGAAAGUUGCCCAUGAAAGAUCUCGAGACUUCACUGGCCACUUUUGGCAGCAACUCUGCCUGGAGCUUCACUGCCACCCUGGACCACUACGCUAUCCCGGAUACAUACUACAACACACUGGUGAAGGGCUUAGCCCACGACGUGCCCGUGCUGACCGGAAACACCAAAGACGAGAGCGGCGCAACAUACGGCCUGAAUAUCAGCAUGGCAACAUAUCUACGCAAUCUGAAUUCGACUUACAGCGGACACUGGGUGCAAAAGUUCCUAGAUCUCUAUCCGGCGCAUGAUUCCAAGACCGCAUCAGGCGCUUACAACUCCCAAUUCACCGACCGAUCUAAUGUUGGCACAUGGCUCUGGGCCCGACUGUGGGCGACGGCUCGCACGAGUCCCGUCUACAAUUAUUUUUGGGACCAUGCGCCGCCGAGCCAAAACCAGGGCGCUGCUCAUGAGUCUGAGAUUAACUAUGUAUUGAACAAUCUUUAUGCAACUGAUAAGGCCUGGACGCAGAAGGACUAUGCCAUUGCUCGCAAGAUGAAUGGGUAUUGGGUGAACUUCAUUAAGACUGGGGAUCCCAAUGGCGAGGGCUUGGUUCAAUGGCAUCCGGCUAAUGCCACUCAAAGUGCCCACCAUGUUGGAAAUGGAUGGGGGUCAAUUCCUGUGGCUUCGGAGGCCAAGGUUUCGCUUUUCAAGUCGUGGUUUGCCACUCUGAAGAAGUACUAG